ACGAUGUAAAAUUUUUGCUCGUAGUAAAGUGACGCUUCGAUUGAAUGAAAAAUUCGAAAAAUAUAGUUUUUGUGAUGAUUUCCGUCGCUGUUAUGCGAAAAAAGUGAAAAACCAGCAGAUAGUUUAGUGAUUUUCACCUUAAUUACCGUGAGAGCUGUGUGCUGAUAGUGCUGAUACGAAAUGGAAAAAUCCCCUACCGUGAAGGUGGAGGAAGAAGCCCCGGCGAUAAAAGUGGAGGAGGUUAUGAUUUCCGACAUUCUGGGUACGGAAGUGAAACCACCGAUCGGUUUCGUUGACGGCAGUUCUGGUGAAGCCAUUAUGCCACCCGACGCCGCAAGUGUUAUGGUGAAAGAAGAACCUGCGUUAGACAUCGUUGAUGAAGCGGAGAAGGCAGGAACGGAACCGCCACCAUUGGCGUUGUUUGGAGCAGCAGCAGCAGUGGCGGAUGGCGAAAUGGCCGCAUCUAGUUCCAGGGAACCGCGUAAGGAACCGGCAACAGUUUUCGCACCAGAGAUGAAUCCGGUCCAGCUAUCAUUUGACGAUUUAGGAAUGCUCAGAGAUCAACCUGACUGGAACGAAGACGACGGCGACGCAAUGCCAACCGUCGACGGCGACGGAGUGCACUAUCAACCGCCGGCAAAAAAACGACACACCAACAAAUCAAACGACCAGUAUGCGACGUUCCUGGAUCUGCUCGGAGAGCAUGCGGGGGUGCUAUUGGAAAAAUCACAAAGUCCAUCAAUGAAAAUGAAGAAAUCGGCCGCUCUUCAGAAGCUGUCCCGGAAACUUUUCGUUGAAUAUGGCAUUGAUUACAGCGAGCAGCAAAUCAUGAAGAAGGUGCACAAUCUAAAAAAUCGUGUAAAAUCCAAAACCGACACCAAGCAGACCGGUGGCCAGCGGAGGAUGCCUCUUAAUCCGGCAGAGCGCAGAUUCUAUGACCUGCUGAGUGGCUAUGAAAAUGCAUCAGUCGCCGAGGAAACGCUUGUAAUGCCUGUUGGAGAAAUGGGAUUUAAUUUGUAUGGAAAUUCAGAAGCUACCAAUGUAUAUGCUACCAAUAAUGGUUCACAAAACAAAACUGCCGGCUCUGCGACUACGACUAGCCGUGCCACGCGAUCGCCAAGGACGCAGCCAAGCGAAUUGGUUAAAUUGGAGCGCACUCUGCUUCAGGAGCAGUUGAACUUAGCACGCGCUCAGCACAAGUUGUUACUGCAGCAACACGCAUUGAGUAUUCAGCAGCAAAAUGAAAAGCAUGCCGAGGAGAUGAAAUUAUUGAAGCUGAAACGAGAGAUCGCAACUUUGAAGCUGCAAGCAUUGAAUUGGAACAAUCAGCAUUGA